CCCGCGACUAAACGUUCGCCGAAAAACAAUAAUCAUCACAAUCGUCAUUAUCAACGUAUCCAUCACGUGACCCCGCAGCGUUGCCACAGAAGCACUCACCCCACUCCCACCCACGUCUCUCUCUCUCUCUCGCUUGCCUCUCUCUUUCCGUCUGCGCCGGCAUUUCGCAACCCGCAACACAGCUGCAACAUCGCGCCCUGCCUGCCUGCCCUGCCUGCCUGCCCUGCCCUAACUCCAUCGUCACGCGGGCUCGCGAGAUAGGCGGUCCACGGUGGGUUACCCCGGGCAGCCGCGAAUGGGAACAGACAACCGCUCGCUCAUCUCGUCUCAACCAACGCUUCUUACCCUUUGCGUUGCUUUCACAACCGAAACGUAAAAAAAAAUAACAACGUAUUUUUAAAAUAAAGAUGCGGGCGAUCCCGCUCCUCUGCUUCGCGGCCGCCGCCAUCGCCAUCGCCGCCGCAGCCGCCGCCUCCUCCUCCCGCCCACCGCCGCCGCUGCACCUGCAGGCAACCGACCAAUCAGAGCGACGCGUCCACCGGCUGAACAACGCCGCCGCGCCGCCGCUCGACGUUUUGGCGGGAAGCGACCAACCGCCGCCGCAGCCUCUGCACCUGCACCUGCAGUCAACCGACCAAUCGGAGCGACGCGUCCACCGGCUGAACAACGCCGCCGCCGCGCCGCCGCUCGACGUUUUGGCGGGAAGCGACCAACCGCCGCCGCAGCCUCUGCACCUGCACCUGCGGGCAACCGACCAAUCGGAGCGACGCGUCCACCGGCUGACCUCCGCCUCCUCCAAGAUCCCUCCGCACGAGCAGGUGGCGCGCGUGGCGCGCUUCGUGGCGCACGCGGUGGACUGGGCGGCGCUCGCCACGCUGAGCGGGCGAGCGCCGCCCGGGCGGGGACUCCCUUUCGCCAGCGUCUUCUCAGUGAGCGACGGACCCGCGGGCGACGCCAGCGGGGUGCCCUACAUGUACCUCUCGUCGCUCGACGUGUCCGUCAAGGACAUCGCGGCCGACCCCCGCGUCUCAAUGACGAUGACGCUGGCCAGCACGGACUACUGCUCGCGAGGCGUCUACGACCCCCAGAGCCCGUUGUGCGCCAGAGUGACGCUCAUCGGUAACGUCAGCAGGGUGGUGGACGAGGCGGAGGCUGCGUUUGCCCGCGUUGCCCUCUUCUCACGCCACCCUGAGAUGCGUCAGUGGCCCCCCAGCCACGGCUGGUUCCUGGCGCGCCUCGACAUCGCCAGCGUCUGGGUGGUGGACUACUUUGGGGGGCCGGUAGUCGUCUCCCCCAAGGACUACUACAACGCACGGCCUUGACACUCACACACACACACUGACACACACACACACCUAGACAUAGACACUCACACACACACAGAGACACACACACAGAGACACACACACCUAGACAUAGACACACACACAACAACAACAACCGC